AUGUUGAACAACAGUACUAGUGUUGCAAGAGCGCUGAGACUGAGUGUACAAGAACGAGUAUUAUGGUCCUCUUUUUUCCUGAUUGAAUCAGUUUUCAUCGUUAUUGGCAAUUCAAUUGCGUUGUCGAUUUUUACCAAGAAGAGGUCAAGAGUGAACAAGUCUACAUAUUUAUUGAUAAGUUUGACGAUUGCGGACUUAUUUGUCGGUCUUUCAACGGCUUUUGCAGCUUUGCCUUUGAUGCUGUACAGCGAUGGGUACAGAAAUCCAUCCUAUGUCAUCGUUAAUGUUUAUUCCAUUUGCACGGUAUUCUCAACAUUUUCCUCUAUCGUUCUGCUCACAGCAAUAGCAUUUGAACGUGCGUUUGCCAUCGUAUUCCCCAUCAAGCAUCGAUUGGCAAAACAGAGACACUAUUUUACAGUUAUUUGGGGCUCUGUGGCACUUUCCCUGGUUAUCUCAUCUACUGUUGUUCUUUUACAAUUAGUGGUCCCAAGAGAGUUCCCUGUGGAACACCUGAAAUAUACCAACGUUUUCAUGAUUGUGAUGUCCUUAAUUCUUCUUGUUCUAGUUUUAUCAGCUUAUGGUAUUAUUUGGGUCAAGACACGAUUCUUAUCAAAUAACGAUGAAAGACUUACAACAAAACGCAACAAGAAAAUUGCCAAAACCCUGUUCAUAGUGACAGUCUUUUCCUUUGCCACAUGGUUACCAGAGGGCAUUCUUCUUGGCUAUAACACUUUUCUCUGCCCCAUGUGCCGGUCAUCAGUUCCAAAGCAUGUAUGCAUGUUUGCAGAUUUCGUACUCUACGGAAAUUCAUUUGUUAACAUAUUUAUAUAUACCUUUAGGAUGCCCUACUUUAGAAAAGAGCUUAAAACAUUGGUACGACGUUCCAGUCGCCCCCUUUUUCGUCCAGGACAAAGAUCUUUGCCGAUGAAAGCUUGUACCACUCGUUCAAUGGCAGCGCCUAUUAUGCUUCUAAGUAUCCAAGCAAAACGAUAACUUGUGAUGAGCAUGGACCGCRUUCAAUCCACUCCAAGUAUAGUGUUUA